AUGCUUUCCAGCCAUAAAUACAUUUGUACCUCUAAGCAAAAGCAACAAAUACCGGUCAAAAUGGGUUCCAACACACCUCUCACCUGGCGCCAGCUUGAUGUUGGCGUAGUCGGCGGUGGCAUCGGCGGCAUAUCCGUUGGCAUUGCCCUGCGCCGCGCCGGCCACAAGGUGACAGUCUACGAAAAGCACGACUUUGCCGGCGAGGUGGGCGCGUCGGUCUCGUGCGCCGCCAACGGCACGCGGUGGCUUCACGAAUGGGGCGUCGACGUGGCCAAGGGCGAUCCCGUCGUGCUGAAGAAGCUCAUCAACAGAGACUGGAAGACGGGCGAGCCCGUCAGCGUCUACGACCUGGACGACUACGAGAAGCGAUGGGGCUACGUGUACAACAUGUUCCACCGCCAGUACAUGCAUGCGAUGCUCAAGGACUGCGCCAUGCAGGAGGAGGGCAGUGGAAUUCCUGUCAAGCUGAUUGUGAACCACCAGUGUGACAGCAUAGAUGUGGAAAACGGCACCAUCAACUUCAAGAACGGCACCUCGGUACAGCACGAUCUCAUUGUUGGCGCCGACGGCAUCGGCUCCGCCGUGCGCGGCCAGCUCGGCAUCUAUCCCGAGAAGCGCCCGUCGGACUCUAGCUGCCUGCACGCCAACGUGCGCACCGAGGACGCGGUGCGGCUCGGCCUCGUCGACUACUCGCAGAACAGCGCGCUCGAGUACUGGGGCGGGCAGGAGGGCAAGUGGGACAAGAUUGUGCUGUCGCCGUGCAACGGCGGCAAGCUGCUCUCGUACUACUGCUUCUUCCCGCGCGAGCUCGGCGACUACUCGACGCAGCAGUGGGGGGCCGACAGCCGGCCCGUCGAGGAGCUCCUGGCGCCGUUCCCGGAGCUGGACGCGCAGGUCAAGGCGCACCUGGCCAUUGGCGCGGAGAUUCAGCCGUGGAGACUUUGGGUGCAUGAUCCUUAUCCGUACCUUCAAAAAGGCAAAGUCUGUCUUCUCGGUGACGCCGGUCAUCCUAUGAUGCCUCAUCAGAGCCAGGGCGCUUGCAUGGCGAUUGAAGAUGCCGCCGCGCUGGGAAUCAUCUUCGACAAGCAGCACUUCAACGGCGACAUCUCCGAGGCCCUCGCCCUGUAUCAAGAUAUUCGUCUGCCACGCGUGACCAGAGUGCAGUCCGCAGCUGCCAAAGCCGCCUACAACAUCAACGAGAGAAUAGGCUUUUCUACAAAUAAAAACUGCAGCACUUAUAAAGUCGAAGAUGAGAAGAAGAAGCUGACGGUGGAAGAGGUCAACGCGUACGACAUGUAUAAAGAUGUGGACGAGUUGCUGGCCAAGAGACGCGGGACGGUGUUUGGGGGAAAAUUCAGUCGUGGGCUGCCGCUGGGAAUGAAGCUGCCGAAUGGCGUGGUAGUAGGCGAGGAUAUUUGA